AUGAGGAGUAGAUGUCUUCAGACUCCAGCCAAUGUAUUCAUCAUCAGCUUAGCUAUUAGUGACUUCCUCAUGGCCACCACACAGUCUCCAGUGUUCUUCUACAGCAGUCUCAAGAAACGCUGGAUUUUUGGAGAGAAAGGUUGUGAGCUGUAUGCCUUCUGUGGUGCUCUCUUCGGCAUUACAUCCAUGAUCACAUUGAUGGUGAUUGCCCUGGAAAGAUAUUUUGUGAUCACAAGACCACUGGCUUCCACUGGGGUGGUGUCCAGGAAGAAGGCUCUGAUAAUCCUGGUAGGAGUCUGGCUGUAUUCUUUGGCUUGGAGCCUCCCACCCUUCUUUGGAUGGAGUAAAUGGAAGGGAAACUUGCUUUCAUGUAGAACUGAAUAUAUGACCUUUACCACUUUAGUCCGUGCCUACACAAUGCUCCUGUUCUGCUUUGUCUUCUUUAUUCCUCUGACUGCUAUCAUAUGUAGCUAUAUCUUUAUUUUCAGGGCUGUCAGGAAUGCCAACAAACAGGCCGAUGGUCUGCACAGAUACAGUCAGUCUCAUGUCAGUAAGUGGAUUCAAGGGCUCACCUGCAAGGUACUAGUCAUCUACAAGAAGGAGGAGAAAGAUGUUUCAGGUGAUAAUAAAGAAUCCCAGAGGCAAUAGCAGAGGAUGAAGAAUGAAUGGAAGAUGGCCAAAGUUGCCUUGAUUGUCAUCUUGCUUUACAUCAUUUCCUGGUCAACAUAUUCUGUUGUAGCUCUGGUAGCUCUUGCUGGAUAUUCCCAUGUCCUGACACCCUACAUGAACUCCAUACCAGCUGUGAUUGCCAAAGCUUCUGCCAUUCACAGUCCCAAUUAUGCCGUUACUCAUCCUAAAUUCAGAAUGGCCAUUGCAAAAUACAUUCCAUGCCUUGGAUCCAUCCUGAGAGUGUCUUGAAAAGACUCCAAGUUUUACAGCAGCUAUCCUUCCAGCAGAUGAGCCACUGUUGCCAGUCACUGUUCUGAUAUAAAUGGGUUGCAGAAAGGAAAAAAAAAACAUCUGUCCUCUCUCUCAGACACUGAAUCAGUAAGGAAAGUCCAUGAGACGUGUGUGGUUUUAAGUGCAAAGUAA